GCAAACAGGAAACCAUCACCUCUCUUGAGUAAUACAUAUAUUAUACUAAUGUAAACUAAUAUGUCAACAUUUAUCAAUUUUAAUACAUCUUCAUUCUCGUAUAUUACAUAAUAUAUCAAAAUGUAAGCUUAUGAUAUACGUUUUUUUCACCGUAAAGCUUAAGACAACUCUCAACUCUCUAACGCAAAUACCACUUUUACUGUAACGAACAUUUUAGGUACAGCAGUGCUGUUAGCACAUGUCGGGUAAGCCAAAUUACAUCACACUCACAGAACGUAAACUCACGCAAGGCCAUUUUAACCACCAGGUGGCGCUACUGUCUAAAUAUAGUUUUAAAAUCAUUGUCCAUCUGCUCCAGCAGGUGGUGCUGCAAUAUUUUCCCCAGUGCUACUCUAAAUACUUACUAGAUAAAUACAUAUAAAACACAUCAUUUAAACUCUGUGCGCAUUAACUAAUAUAGCUGUGUCUCCACUAUUCAAUGAAUCGAGGUUAAAAUAGUAUCCAGCGCCAGCCGGGAAGUUCUUGUUCUCAAGGCCCAAUAGUCCAAUCAGCCAUUAAACCAUUCGGUCACACCAGUCUGUGCGUGCCCGCAGCGCGAGACGACCACGCUCACUCCCCUCUUGCCUUUUUGUAAACAUGGCCGCGAAACAGGCUGCUGACACCGACCGGGGACAAGCAUAGACUGUUUCUCCAGACGACUUAGCAGCACACAAUCGGGAUACAAUGGCUUCAGCGCGUCCUUUCUCAGAGCGAGAGAGAGAGAGAGAGAGAAAAGAUGAGCGCUAAAUGCGAAUAUUUAUGCUAACAGCGACUGACCUCGAAUGCAAAAGUUGUGUGGAGUUUGACAGCGGCUUGCUGAAGAGCCACGCUAGCUAACAAGCUAACUGGUUGAAGACGGGGAGGCAGCGCCGUGGAGGACUGCAGCUCGGUGAGAAUGUGAAGAGAACUUGCUACCCAGCUAACGCUGCAGUCUGCACAAGGAAAUCCACGGGGAAGUGGAUUAUAUGGCAUUCAAAUGAAUGAGUACUCUUAUCUUGAAGAAGGAACCGAGGAAGGAAGUUCAGGCAUGCUGCUCUGAAGAACCACCGAGGCAGUCACAUAAUCUAGCGAAGUUGGUCUUGAUAUAAAAAAGAUAGUUUGGCUCUCUAGAUGAGCCCCACUGUUCUGGGAUUUACCAGCUUGCAUUUUGUGUAUUUAUCCGUUAACUGCCACACGUAAACAUGUUUUCUGGAAAAACUCCGAAGGCGACAUUUAAGUCCUACCUGCCCCCCGUUCAGACUGAUUUGAAGAAAAGUCCCCAAGUGACCAUCAAGAAACUUGAGGCCAAACUCUUACCAGGGGAGAUCGUGGUGAACGAGGUGAACUUUGUGCGGAAGUGCAUCGGAGCCGGCGGCAGCCAGGAUGACCUGUGGGGAAAGCUCGUCUGCACCAACUUCAAGGUCUCUUUCGUUACCCAUGAUUCCUUGCCACAACAGAGGUUCCAGUGUGCACACCGGCUCCUGGGAGAGUAUGACGUCCCGCUGGCUUGUGUAGAUCAGGUCAUCACCGUGAAUGAUGCCAAGGGAAAGCGGAAGAUUCUGGGCUCCAAUAAGAAACUGAAGUUCAACCCCACAGAGCUCAUCCUGUACUGCAAGGACUUCCGCAUCAUUCGCUUCCGCUUUGACGAGGCUGGGCCUGAGAGCGCCAAGAAGGUGUGCCUCGCCAUUGGUCACUACUCCCACCCUGCUGACACUCAGCUACUGUUUGGAUUCGAGUACGUCGGCACACGGUUCUACAGCUCCUCCGGUGAGAGGGUGAAUGGGAUCGAUCCUGGUGGCAGGUUGCAGACGCCCCUGUUUGACUGCUCUUCUGACUGGGAUCGAGAGAUUAAACGCACAGGUGCUUCAGAGUGGAGGGUGUGCUCCAUCAACAAGGACUAUCUGGUCUCACCCAGCCUCCCAGAGUUCUUUGUGGUUCCGUCGUCUCUGGCCGAUCAGGACCUGAAGCAGUACGCCUGUUACUUCAGCGCCCAGCGUGUCCCAUUAUGGUGCUGGAAUCACCCCAGCGGGAGUGCCCUGGUUCGGAUGUCCAGCAUCACAGAGCCUCUGCAGCAAAGGAAACUAGAUCAAAGAAUUUGCAACGCUGUCAUGAAAAGCCACCCACUGAGGAGUGAUGUCCACAAGGUGGAGCUGGAAAACGGUCUGCUGCCCACCAUCCAUGACAUCCAGGCGGCCCUGGUCAAGCUGCGGCAGUUCUGUGUGAUCGAGCCCUUUGAGGAGUCUGAGGAUAAAUGGCUGUCAUCCGUGGAAAGUUCCCGAUGGAUGGAAUAUGUCAGAGUGUUUCUGAAACAGGCAGUGGAAGUGGUCUACGUACUGGAAUGGAAGCAGGCCUCUGUCAUUCUGCAAGAGGAGGAAGACAGGGAUCUGAGCUGCGUGGUGGCGUCUCUGGUGCAGGUCAUGUGUGACCCUCACUGCCGCAGUCUGGUGGGCUUCCAGGGCCUGGUGCAGAAGGAGUGGGUGAUGGCUGGCCAUCGUUUCCUCGACCGCUGCAACCACUUAAAGAGGAACGACAAAGAGGAGUCUCCCCUGUUCCUGCUCUUCCUGAAUUGUGUGUGGCAACUGCUGGAACAGCACCCGACCGCCUUCGAGUUCACCGAGGUCUACCUGAGCGUGCUGAGCGACAGCAUGUGGCUGCCCGUUUUCAGCACCUUCCUCUUCAACUGCCCCCAGCAGAGGGCGGAGCACAGCAGGGACUUUGCCCUGACUAAGAGAAUCUCCCUGGGGCAGGAACAGGCUCUUCGCUUCCCGCCGGUCUGGGACUGGUCUCAGCAGUUCAGCCUCAAAGACCAGGCUCUGUUCAACAACCCGCUGUAUGUGGGCAAGAGCGCCCCCUGUGUGCACAACGGCACAGUGCGGACAUACUCGCACAGACGCAGCAAGAGAGUGUUCAGCUCCACUCUACGCGGCGUGCCCUCGGCCCUACGCAACGGCUCGCUGGCUGAGCACGACACGCUGAUGAGGCGGAGCUCGCUGGUGUCCCGCCUCCGCACGGACUCGGGGCUGGCGCGCGAGCCGCAGCAGGAGACCCCUGCCGAGCGCUUCCUCCGCGACUGGCUGUCGCGUCCGGCCGAGCCGAACAGCCUGCUCCUGCCCCAGCUCCUGCCCUCCCACCUGCCCCUGUGGAGGCUGCACUUCCUGCGCUGGGUGCCCGAGGCCCGCAUCCCCCAUGGCGGGCCAAUCACUGCCUUCCACGAGUUGUCUGUGCUGGCGGACGAGAUCGAGACACUCCAGAAGCGGCUGAGGCAGUACACGGGAGGCUCCAUCCCGGCCCCCGAUGGCCCUGGGGCCGAGCCCAGCAGGAUGUACUUCAAGGCGGCCUCUUCUCCGCAGGAGACCGCCGGCGCUCCGGACUACCUCAGCUCCACGUUCCCCUUCUCGCCCGUGGGGAACCUGUGCCGCCGCAGCAUCCUGGGAACACCGCUUAGCAAGAUCCUCAACGGAGCCAAGAUCUGGCUCUCCACAGAGACGCUUGCCAACGACAGCAUCUGAAGGCCAACGACGGCAUCUGAAGGCUGCCGCAUGCAGACAGGGCAGGGUGCACCGAUCCAGCGGUCCCCAGGAGGCACGAGACCACCCGGAGCACGCUGCCGUUUUCUGAACGUUGUACAGCCGACUGCCCAAUUAGGUUGUUGGUGAUUUUGGGUUUAGGAAGAGGCAGUGAAAAGUCAGUGCUGUGCGGUAGGUGAGGCCAUGACUUUGAACUGUUGUGUGAAUAUCUAUGACCUGGGCUUCAAGAAGUUUAUAUUCAUGUUCAACUUGUGUUCCAAGUGUGAUUUUCCUAAAGCACUUGCAGUUGUUGUUGUUAUCAUCCAGGCUUUUUAGCUUACCCACCCUUGACUAUAUUUUUGUUCUUGCACAAGAUUAUCUAGCCAUGUGUUUGACAGGUUCACUCUUUCGAUUUUUCCCUCUGGUGAAACGGUAUUUCCUGGUUUGUAUGGAAUUAAGGCAUUAUGCUGAGGAAUGUAACACUAAAUUCAAUCUGUGGUAGAAAACCUUAAACACCUUUAGUUUUAGUAUAUAUAAAUAUGUAGUUAUAUAGACUUUACAAAAGACCUGCUGGUAAGGUUUAUCUAUAGCUAGUUUUAUUAAAAUGGAGUAACUGAAAUUAUGUGAAUUAUGUGGGUAAUAUUGGAUGUCCCACACCCCCCCCCUCACCCAGUGAGAACUGCACUGUGGUCUCUCAUACAGGCUGGGCCUUGUCUGUUAGACCCCUCCCACACAAACACAGAAUGGCUGCUCAGAAUGACUGACUACUCCUCUAGCCAAUCAGCAGGUUGACUUGGCAUCGUGGUCGAGUCUGCUAUCCUAGUAGGCACAUUAGUGCAUUAGCAUUUAUAGAGAAUACACUAGAGUUUAGGUUGAGUGUUUGAUUGAAAAAAGAAACAGCACUGGUUACCUUUUGUUCUCUUCAAAUUGUAUUGUGUUUCUCUUGAAAACUAGACAGUUGUCUUAUUUGAGUUAAUAUGUAGACUUCCUUAACGACAUUUAAUUAAAGCCUUAAGAUGGU